AUGGUAGGCUCCUCCUCGCGUCAGCCUUUGUUUACAAAUCGCCUGAGCUCUUCUUUCGGCUUUGGCUGGAUCGCACGGAACUCAGCGUUGACCACGGAGCGCGCAGCCAUGCCCUGUCGAAAGGAAAACUACAUAUUCUUGGAGCAGUCGGUCACCGUGGACUCCAAAGAGGUGGACGCACUGGUGACCAAGAUCGGAGAGGCUCUGCAGCUGCACAAUGGCACCGGUCCACACCAUCACAAAGCGAUGCCCAUGGGAGGUGCGAAGCAGACCGGGUUGAUGGUCCCGGGCGCCACCACCAACACCAACACCAGCACCACAGCGGGGAUCCAGCGAGGACGAGGCUGCUGUUUGCGAAUCCGAAGCCGGGGACACCAGACCUGCAGGGCCAGUCCGUACCACAUACCGAGCGCAUGUAGCGAUCAAGACUGGGACCAAACUAUCCGGCCGUGGAGCAAGAAGAAGCGGAUCGCGGUGGAGGAAAGUGACCCGCACCGGCUGCUACAGGAGCUAAUUCUAUCCGGAAAUUUGAUCAAAGAGGCGGUGAGACGGCUGCAGGACUGCGUUGGGGAGUGCGCACCCGAAAACGUGUCGUGUUGA